UUGUGUGCGCGAACGCACGAUUGCAAAUCAUUCGACCACAUACUCUUCGCUGCGUCUCAGUGACAAUGUCUGCGGAAAAUCGCGAGGAAUCUAUGCGAGAAAUCGCGUUACGACUCGCGACCGAAGAAGAGAACAAGCGAAAGACUGAUCAGAAUGAGACUCACGAACGUUCCAUUAUCAUCCUCGGCAGCAAGGGAGUUGGUAAGACAACAAUGCUGUAUCGAUUCCUCGAAAAAGAUGAAAGAGCGAAACCGACUGUAGCGAUGGAUUAUUCGUUCGGUCGCAAAACAGUGAAGAGUUUAGUGAAAAACGUAGCGCAUGUAUGGGAGGUGGGACACUUGACGUCUUCUUUGGUAUCCGUCGCGAUGACGGGAUCGACGUUAACGCAUUCGGUUCAUCACACAGUAUUGCUGAUGAUGCUGGAUUUAUCGCGACCAGAAGAAUUGUGGACCUCCUUCGAGGAGAGUCUCUCGGUGAUGCGAAUCGGUUUGAAAAUGAGUUACGAUCUCGAUACGAUUAAGGAAUUGGGAGAAAAAAGAAUAGCGGAGCGGAAAAAGGAGAUAGAACGCGGAGUCGAUCCUUUCCCGAUGAAGCUGUGCAUCAUAGGCGGGCGAUACGACGAAUUCAAGGAGUUUGACUCGAGCAAAAAGGAAUUUGUCGGCAAGAUAUUGAGAGCGGCAGCUCACAACUUGGGCGCGAGUCUGUAUUAUUACUCGUCUAAAGAUAAGUUUCUCAUACGACGGCUCAAAGAUUUAUUAUCUCAUCACGGAUUUGGUUCUCCGCUUGCGGAGGAAAAGUGCACGGAUUACGAGAAACCGUUGGUGGUCGCGGCCGGCGCGGAUUCAUACGGACGGAUCGAUUUGCAAUUUCCGCAAAUGAGACCAUCGGCAAUUUUAGACACCAUCAAGCAGAUCUACGUUUCCCGAAUACCGCAGGCGUCGAAGAACGAUGAGAGCACUUUGGAGGAUCCUAGCAACGAUCCUAAUUUUAACGAGCCCGUUAUCGACAGGCUAAGAAUACAGCGGGAGGAGGAAAUCAGCAUACUGCUGAGCGACAUGAUGGAAGGUCGCAUGCCGAAAAUUCCUGUGCCCGAUCCAAUUUAAAAAUUCAUUUCCUUUUCACUGUUGAAUAAAAUAAUAAGAAAUUAUAGUUGACGUUUAUCAUGUGAUAAUUAC